ACUAUAUGCCCGCUUAGAGCUAAGCCACUCAAGGUCGUGGAGGCAUUCUUGACCUGGUCUUUUCGGUUGUGGCAUCAUCUUAUUUUAGGCUGUCAGUUUGUCUUAUUUUCGCUCGUGUUGUCGCUAUUUUGUGUCGAUCGUCUUCGUAAUUUUACGUCGGUGAACCUCCAGGACAAACACGCUUUACAGAGUUCAGAAGUUUUGCUGUCUCACUUGUUUAACUUCAAUGAGUUUACUCGAUAGUUGGAAUUCACCUAAAUACGUUUUAGCACCUAUGGUUGAUGGCAGUGAACUUGCCUGGAGGAUGCUUGGUCGUAAAUAUGGAGUCCAACUAACUUUCACACCCAUGAUUAACUCGACUGCAUUUCUCAUUAACAUGAAAUACCGCCGAAGUUGCUUGCAGUUCGCCUCAGAAGACCGACCACUUAUUGUUCAAUUUUGUGCUAAUUCUCCAGAUACAUUUGUUAAGUGUGCUAAAUUGGUGCAGCCCUUUUGCGAUGCAGUCGACCUGAAUCUCGGUUGCCCUCAAGGAAUUGCUAAAAGAGGGCAUUAUGGUGCGUUUUUACAAGAUGAGUGGAAUUCUCUCAAGGAGAUAGUUAGCCGCGCUUCGUUAGAGCUUAAUGUUCCCGUCACCUGCAAAAUCCGAAUCUUUAGUGACGUUGAGCGAACUGUUCAGUAUGCAAAACUUCUCGAAGCUGCCGGGGCUUCUAUGCUCACAGUUCACGGACGCACCAGAGAAAUGAAGGGUCAAAAAACUGGACUUGCUGACUGGAAUCAAAUUAGGGCAGUAAAAGAAGCAGUAAAAAUACCUGUUAUUGCCAACGGAAAUAUUCAGUAUUUGUCAGAUGUUCAUCAGUGUUUGGACUCAACAAAAGCCGACGCAGUUAUGAGUGCAGAGGGUCAUCUUCACAACCCGGCCUUAUUCCUAGGAAUUCAACCAUGUAUCUACGACAUGUGUUUUGAAUAUUUGGACUUUGUGGAAAAGUACCCAACAUCCAUGCAAAUCAUCAGAGGACAUAUCUUUAAACUAUGUCAUCACGCAUUGGACGAACACUCUGAAUAUCGUUCACUAAUUGGGUCUACUCAAUCAACUAAGGGAAUAAAAGAAAUAUUACAAAAAAUGGCAAAUCACUGUUCAUCUUGUGUGCGAAACAGUUCAACUGAAUUACCCCACCCUCACUGGUUAUGUCAACCUUAUGAGCGACCAAUUACAUUUUCGGAGCAAGCGAAAGUUGAUAUCGCGAUGCAAGCAAUUAAUGGAUCGGAUUUUCACAGCGUUGACAGUGACGUAUCUGCUAAAAAAAUUAUGUUAAUGGAGCAAAGACGUAGUCGGAAAGCUUCAAAGAAAGAGGUUAAACUUGCUAAGAAAUUAGCAAUCGUUGAAGGAAAGCUCAUAUGUUUUAUUUGCAACAAGAAUCGGAAAAGUUUAAACUGUGCCAGAUCAGUUUGCCGCACAUGUUGUCAAAGUCAAAGUGAAUCAAGUUUGAAUUCAUUAACGAAUACUUUUUGUUCAUUCCAUCACCGUCAAAUAAAUAAUGCUAUAUUAGAUUAGUAAAUUUUUCUUUUCACAAAUGACAUUGUUUUGACACGUUAAUGAUGGUCAUAGCAAUUGUGUGCAUGUUCUCGAUAUUCCUGUUCCAUCCACUAAUGUGAAUGAAUGUCAGAAAUAUAAGUUUAGUGUUAUGGAUAAGUCGGGUAUCUCGACCCCUCAUGUUAUAUGUUUUUCCAAUUCUUGUGCAAUAUCAAACUUCCUUAUUUUUAUAGAAAUUAACACUGGCCCAUAUUUUUCUCUUUAAUUUUUCGCAACACAUUUCAAGUUUAGUCUUGACGUUACAAUAAUACGCUCUCUAAUAAAAUUUAUGUAAUUAUUC